UCGCACCAAACUCCGUCAUCCACCGCCACAACAGAUACAUGAGCUAUGGCGCACCUUUGUGGAAAAUGUUGAUCCUCUCUCCAAAGUUGUGCAUAUCCCCACAUUAGAAAAGGCAUUCCAUGAAGCUGCAAAUGAAGUAGACACGGUCUCGCGGAGCUUUGAGGCACUCAUGUUUGCCAUCUACAGCGCCGCCGUCAUGUCACUGAGCGACGUUGAGUGUGAGGACCGACUUGACGAGCCUCGAAAGCCUCUGCGAUCUAGAUUAAUGACUGCCACAAAGGCAGCAUUAUCGCGAGCCAACUUCAUGAGCACAGCCAGCCUUGUAGUUCUUCAGGCAUUAGUCAUUCACAUCAUCUCAGCGCGAGACAUGUACGAGCCGCGCGCCCUUUGGACCUUGACAGGUGUGGCGGUUCGCGUUGCCAACGGCAUGGGCCUUGAUCGCGAUGGAACCCUUCUUGGGUUGCCCCCAUUUGAAACAGAGCUGCGGCGACGCAUCUGGUGGUUUCUGAAAGCGCAAGAUCUACAUAAUGCUGAGCUGUGCGGCCUUCCCAAGUUUCGAGAUGUUGGCCUGAGCAGCGACUCCACGAAGCGUCCCACCAACAUCAACGACAUUGAGCUCUAUCCGGGAAUGCCUGUCUCGCCGGUGGAGUCGGGAAUCUUGACGGACAUGACGUUUCUCGCUAUAAGAUACGACCUGCUCUGGUUUGCCGCCGCCCGCGUUGCCAAGUUUCGUCAUCUAGGCAAGAGUCUGAGCCAGUGGGAUCAGGAUUUCGCAUCCGAAGGUGAUAAGGCGGAGACGGACCAAAGUGUCAAGGAAAUAGAAGAGCAUCUGGAGAAAAAAUAUCUUCGGCGUUGCGAUCCUUCGCAGCCGCUGCAGCUCAUGUCGAUGCUGAUGGCACGGGCUGCGAUCGACACCAUUCGCUUCAUGACACACCACCCACGCAGAUGGACCAGCAUCAACCAGGCGCCGCCAUUUGAGCGUCAGUGGAUGUGGGAAGUCAGCAUCAGGCUUCUGGAGCAGCGCGACAUGCUGCAGUCAAACCCCUCGCUGAAGAGGUUUGCGUGGCACGCGGCGUUUACCAUGCAAUGGCCUGCUUUCAUCCACGUGCUCGAUAGCCUGCGAGCCAAUCCGUCCACGCCGGAUGCCGAGAAAGCGUGGAGGCUGAUUGCGAACACGUUUGAGAAUAACAUGAGCAUGUUCUCCGACUCGAGAAAGCCCAUCCACAGAGCCGUGCGCAGUCUCUGUCUGAAAGCAUACGAUGCU